AUGGAGAGCUCAGAAAAGCUCCGGCCGCUUCUUCGGCGCCCAGAAAGUUCUGCUAUUGAUGUUGUUGAUUUCUCUUUUGGGAAGCCUGCCUCGCACAAGCCAUUCUCUUUGCGAAAUAUGCCCAAGCAGGCUCCAAUAACCCAUCCUCAGAUCGAUGAUACGCAACCUUCGGGAGAACAGACCGGAGAGGGGACAGGUAUUAGUCUUCAACUGGCUCAACCAGCUACCAUGCUCAACACUGCUCACUCAAAAGAAAAGGCCACUACCGAUGGUCAAAAUCCAGCUAGGCAAUCGUUGCUUCAUCAACCAAUAAGAAGGCGCUCGAUGACUGCUGGCUCUAGCAAAGAAAUGUGCGGUGGAUCUGCCAUAGAAAAAGCGGCUUUUGGACAGAGCCAGGUAAGUGUUGUGGCCCAGCCGAGUGAGCCUACCAGAGUCAAUACCCCCAGACAGAAUAUCGGCCCUGCAGGGAAAGGAGCGGUGCUGGUUCAGCAUGGUGUUGAUGAGAUCGAGGGAACGAGCGAGGCAAGUUCUGCCUUACCCGAGCCAGCGAUCCAGCAUUCCCACAGAGAAAGGCAAGAAACUGCAGAGAAUCAGGUCCCUCGCGUGCCACUCAAGCCUAUACAUAAUCAACUUCAGGCGUUGAAACGAUACCGUGCCUCUGAGAAGGAAUCCAAUACCAAGAGUCAGGCGGCACUCAUUGGUACGAAGCACAGUGUUCAACUCAGCGAGGAUGAUCUUUUUGAGCUUCUCAUUAAAAGGAUGAAACAGCGAGAGGAGACCGAACAUGCUGCAACACUUAUCCAACGGCAAGUCAAGAAUGAGAACUCGGCCUUGAAGGAGCAGAACCUUGUCUUGCAAGACCGGCUCAAGAAAUGCCAAGGCCAGCUCGCUAAAACAUCGUCUGAGUCGAGAGCUCAACGUGCUCAAAUAGACAAGUGGAAGGAGAAACUCGGCAUGUUCAAAGGUAUCCUGAACGAGCUUGGACGUGAAUAUGGCGUAGUCAGAGAACACUCCAAGGUACUGAAAGAAACCACUGUCUCUCUUGCUAAAGAGAAAAGCGAAAUCCAACAGAAUUUGGUCGAUAUUAAGCUGCAAGUCUCGAACUAUGCAGAGAAAAUUCAAGGCCAACGCGACAAACUCUUGAAUUCCGAAACGACUGUUUCCAGAUUGAAGGAAGCAUUGAACCACUCGGAGAAAAGGGGCGAACUGAUCAAGGCCCAGCUAUCCAAUGAGAAAAGGCGAAUUGCUACUCUAGAGAACUACAUCCAGAAUGAGUCUCAGAGCCAGGCACGAUACUUGGCUCUUGUCAGAAAUGAUCAGCGAAAGAUGGCUGAGAAAUUUGACUCUGCGUGUGAGCUGUUCAUUACAUCGUGUGUCAAAUCUCAGGAUGUCAUCCUGUCAAAAUUGAGUCCGAAACUUGAGCAAUGUGUCGACUCAGUCCAAAAGCUGCAGAACCAGUGCGUUACCGAGGCUAUCAACGUCCAAGACUUUACCAAAAGCGUCGAGCAAGCAAGCUUUGGUUUGAACUCGCUGGCGGAACAAGUUGCGAGGGACGUGGAUAGGGGCACGGAAAUCAACAAAAGCGUCUUCCAAGCGCUUCAAGAAGCGCUCCAAGCAAUUGAAGCUAACCUCGGUCCAUGUUCUUCAAUUUUCAAACAGCUUGCUAAUACCGAGAGUUGCUAUGGGAAUUUGCAGCGACAGCUGGAGGUCGCUGAGCCGAUGCUCGGCACUCUCGGCAAUUCUGUCAAGGCCAUUGAAACCACAGAGAUAGACCUGAUGCGAGGUUUAGAAAUGUUUGGGCAAAAGCUUUCUGAGGCUCGAAUCCCUGCCGGAAAUCCUGUUCUGGAGAUGGAGAUUUCUAACAAAUUUGCCGAGAAUACACAGUUGCAACUUCAACUGCAAGAAAGCACUACUCAGGUCGAGUCCCUUCGAAAGCAACUUGCCACGAGAUCAUCCGAGAACCAACAUCUUCAACAUACGUUGACUGAGACCGUUACUAAAGAACAAGCAUCCAAAAGUCAGAUCUCCCGGCUGGAAAUUGAAAAAACGGCCUUGCGGGGGGAGCUUCAGUUGCUCGAACAAAGAAUCCGAGAAGAGCUUGGUAUCGCAAGCAUGAAAUUGCAGGAUCAGAUGAACGCUAGAUUUACAGAGCAGGUGCACGAUCUUGAGAGAGAGAAGACCAAGCUGAAAAGAGAUUGCGAUCACCUUCAGCUUCAGCUCGAAAAUGUCCAAAACUCUCUGGCUGAAACCGAAAAGACAGCCGAGGGUCAGCGAAUGAGACAGGACUCCAUGCUCGAGGAAUCAAAGAAGCGGAUGGAGACGCUUAACGAUUCUUGCUCAAAAUAUAUCGCAGAGGCCAAAGCCAAUGAGGCCGAGUCCAAACUGCUGAGAGAUUCUGGAGCAAGUCUGAGGAAAGAGAAUGACAGCCUUCUUGAACAACUCCAGCGGGUGAAAGGAAAGACCACCGAGCUGGAAGCGAUUCUGGCAAAAAAGACCGAGUCUGAGACCCUGAAAGCGAAAGCAGCACAAGAAGCAGAAACCAAGGCCAAUCUGCUUGAGCUAGAAGCAGCUCAGGCAACCGGUGAGCUUAAAGCAAUGACUGAGAGUCUCGCCAUGCUCAAAUCACGGUCAUCAGCGCUGGAGAAAGUCGGGGAGGAAGCGGAUGCUGAGAUUGUUUCGCUGCUCCGGCGGGCCCAAGAAGCUGAAAGCUGGCAAGCAACAAUCAGAGAAGGAUUCGCAAAGGUGAUCGAUGUCCAGCCAGACGAGCCUUUCGAGCAAACAUGGCAGAAACUGGAAGACAUGCUUCAGUCUUCGCUCGCUCGGUCUCUCAUCGCCCAUGAUGCGUCCUGCGCCAAGCUCCAACACACGGACAGCACAGAAGCGACUCAAAAGGUCAAUAUUCCCUUAGACAAGCUGAAAGGCAAAGAUGAUCAUGCCGUUGAGAUUGAUCAGUCAGACAAGGGUGUGGGUCCGGCUGCUGGAAACUUAUCGCCAAAGAUUGGCAGCCCCUCAAAGGCUUUGAAACAUGGUCAUAGUGUUGAUUCCCCGCCAAAACGCCCUCCUGGUCUCGGCCAUAUCGUCCCGUUUUCGAGUGUCCAUGACAGGCUUUCGCGCGAGGAUAGUCUGUCACUUUUCAAUGAUCCAGCCGAGCUUGAAAUGCUUUUUAUGUCGACUCCCGAUUUCCAGGGAGGACUAAUGCAGGGAGACACCCUCAAGGGAGCCCAAGAGCCCCAAAUGGUUCCAGUAGAUUCUCAAACAACGAGUCGAGAGCACAAUCUAUCAAAUCCUGCCCUCAAAAAGCAACCAUCGGGAAAUGAAAGCGCAAUGCCUCCCUCGACCAUUGAGAAGUUUGAAAAUUCAUCCAUUGAUGCAUCUGCCAGGACGGAACUACCCAAAACCAAACGCAAAGUGGUUAGUUUCGAGGGAACACGCAUUUUCACCGAAACAGAGGUUGGCAGAGCUAGGCGAAUGUCAGACGCAACGGACAACAGCUCUGGAAGAGAAUCAGAGAGUGCGGCACUAAAGAAAACGCAGAAACGUACUUACAGCCGCCUUCGACAGUCUGUGGCACAGGAAGAGUCUUCAAUUGAAACCACCACAGAUGUGCAGCGUGGCAAAAAAACAUUGGAGGAAAAAUCUCAACGGGGCACAAUCAACAAAGCAAACCACUCUUCUAGAUCAAACCCAAGACCGCCGAAGAGACCACGCAAUGAAGCCCAUGACCCGGGUCGGCGAUUAAGCCCGCAGGGUUUAGCUUCCGGCAGUAGCAGAAGCAACGCCGCCGAUCAAAUCAGUGGUACGCGGGGCCGGGGUAAGCGCCGCACUCGAGGUAUGGUUAUCUGA